CUGUCCGGCAAGGCCAAGUAAGACGCGGCGGAGGGAUGCUUCAACGGCGCGUGGUGGUCGUCGGCGACCAGCACCCUCAAUGGCCCGGCGGUGACCACAUGCCUCAAAGGACCGGCGGUGACCACGACCUCGAUCUGGCCGGUGGUCCUCCGAUGGCAGCCCUUGCCGGCGACGAUUUCAAUUCCGUAUCCAGUGACCCCUCAGCUGCCUUCGAACAAGUGGUCAACGACAACUUAUUUGGGAAUGGAAAUGGAUAUUUUUCGAACAUGAUGAUGGAUGAAACCAAUCUAGGGGAUUCUGAUUAUUAUAGCAACACAUUUGCUGACCAACAGUCACAGGCAAUUGAAGUGGGUCCAGUAGCCCCCUCUGCGAGGCCAAACCAUAAGAGAUCAAAGAAUUUCAGUGACCACGAAGAUGAGGUUUUGGUUUCAGCGUGGCUGAAUGUAAGCUUGGAUCCGAUCGUAGGCAAAGAUCAAAAAGGUGGCAAGUAUUGGUCUCGUAUCUAUGAGUACUUCCAUGAACACAAGACGUGCACCUCAAAGCGUACCAUAAAUUCUCUCAUGCACCGGUGGGAGACCAUACAAAAAUGUGUGAACAAGUUUUGUGGGUGUCUAGCACGGAUUGAGUUAAGACGUUCGAGUGGUAGUACAAUGAAAGACAAGGUUGCAGAGGCAUGUGCUUUGUACAAGUCUGAAGACGAACAUCAGAAAUCAUUCCAGUUCAUGCAUUGCUGGAAUAAGUUGAGAACACAACCAAAAUGGCUUUCUAAAAUUGAUGAAUUGGUUGCUGCUAAAACAUCUAACAAGAAGCAGAAGACAAGUUCAACUGUUGACCCGAGUGAAAGUUUACCUAAUGACAUAGGACAAGGUGAAGUUCAAUGUCUAGAGAAUAAUGCAUUGAUAAGACCAAUUGGUAAGAAGAAGGCAAAAGCAGCACUGCUGCAAGAGAAGAAAAAAAGUGUGACAACAACUUUAGAAAAUAUGUGGGCACAGAAGAAAGAAACUGAUGGGGAGAAAGAGCUAAAAAAAGAGGAGAGGUUCAACAAAGCUUUUGCUCUUGAACAAGAUCGAGUUGCAAAUGAAAAACUACUUCUUGAGGUUAGGAGGCAGGAGGUCCAGUUACAGCAAAAGAGGGAUGAAGAGAGGAUUAUGACCAUGGACCUUACUGCCAUGCCAGAUGAGCAAAAGAAAUACUACAUGUGCUUGCGGGCUGAGAUCAUGAGCCGAGUACUUAAUUAGAAUUUGAUUCUUCUAAAUAGUAUUAGUAGCUACUGUGAUAUUUUUUUUGAUAUGGUAUUGUGUGAUGUUCGAAACUUAAUUAGUAUUUGAAUCUUCUAAAGAGUAGUAUUUCCAUAUAGUAUUAACGUGGAUUUGAAGCGUCCUGUGUCGAUUUGCAAACUUGCAGUUGUCUACCUGCACCUCCUUUAUGUUGCAACUUAAC